CGCGUUCCAUUUAGUGUACUUGCUUUGCUCAUUUUCAGCCUUUACGAAUGUAUAUUACUGAUAUAUUAUACUCGACUGAAUCCAACAACCAAAUUAUUGUUAUUUUUUUUUCAAAACGCACACAUUUGUGCGUUAUAACGUCAUAAUAUUUGACCCUCGCCGUGCCGGAGAAGCGUCGUGAAGGAAACGAGGAGUCAUGACCAAACUCAUUCCCCUCCAUCUACACCCAGUUGUUCUCCAGUGCAUCUACCAUGUCAGGGAAAAAGCGCAAAGCAACCCUAGCAGUUGCUGCAGAGGCCAGUGCAAAGCAGCAGAAGGUGGAUUCCAACAAUUCCAAGAAGGAGAAGGCAGCAGGGUGGCUGCAGGAGCUUGUGCAAAUGCAAAGGUCCAACAAUAAGGACAUGAAAGUCAACAAGAAGCGAGUUCGAUUCAUAUCAGACACCCAGAAAACAAAACAGGACUCAAAUGGUGUCCUGUAUUGGAUGCUGAGAGACCACAGAAUUCAAGAUAACUGGGCGCUCAUCCACGCCCAACGCCUCGCCGUGAAGGAGAGCCUCCCGUUGCACGUCUGUGUCUGCUUGUCGGUCCCUAAAUCGGAGCUGUCCACCCUGAGACAUUACGGUUUUAUGCUGAAAGGUCUGGAAGAAGUCGAAAAGGAAUGCAAGUCUUUGGACAUCCAGUUUCAUCUGCUGCACGGUUCUGCAGGGAAAGUCCUGCCCGACUUUGUGUCUGAACACAGCUUUGGAGCGGUUGUGACUGACUUCUCACCCCUCAGAGAACCUCUAAAGAUCUUGGAGGAUGUCAAAAAGAUUCUUCCAGAUGAUGUUCCUCUCAUUCAGGUCGAUGCCCAUAAUAUUGUUCCAUGCUGGGUAGCGUCCCCAAAACUUGAGUACGCUGCCAGGACAAUUAGGGGAAAAAUUACUAAUCUCUUGCCAGAGUUCCUCACUGAUUUCCCACUGGUUGAGAAGCACACACACACAGCGACAGAAACCGCCAAACCAGUAGACUGGGCCAAAAUCCUGGCCUCCCUGCAGGUGGACAAAACAGUAGGCGAGCCAGAGUGGGCUCAACCAGGCACCAAAUCGGGAACGGCCAUGUUGGAGUCCUUUAUCGACGUUCGCCUCAAACUGUUUGGCACUCAACGCAACGAUCCAAACGUUGCCGCGCUCAGCCAACUCUCCCCCUGGAUCCGCUUUGGACACCUGUCUGCCCAGCGUGUGGCGCUGCAAGUCAAAAAGUGUGGGAAGAACGCCAGUGAAUCAGUUGCACCCUUCAUCGAGGAGUUGGUGGUGCGCAGAGAGCUCACAGACAACUUCUGCUUCUACAACAAGAAAUACGACAGCAUAGAGGGUGCGUACGAGUGGGCUCAAAAGACCUUGAAAGAUCACGCCAAAGAUGAGAGGCCCUAUCUGUACAGCCGAGGUCAGCUGGAGAACGCCAAGACCCACGAUAAGCUGUGGAAUGCAGCUCAGUAUCAGAUGGUCUCUGAGGGGAAGAUGCAUGGUUUCCUGAGAAUGUACUGGGCCAAAAAGAUUCUUGAGUGGACGUCUUCACCAGAAGAGGCUCUCUCCAUCGCUCUGUGUUUCAAUGAUCGAUAUUCGCUGGAUGGUCAGGACCCCAACGGCUUUGUCGGUUGUAUGUGGUCUAUUUGUGGCAUCCACGAUCAGGGCUGGGCAGAGAGAGCAGUUUUUGGGAAGAUCCGUUACAUGAACUACAAAGGCUGCCAACGCAAGUUUGACGUGGCACGUUUUGAGAAGAAGUACAGUCCCAAAAGUGUUUAAAAUGUUAACGCAAAAGAAAAAAAAAGAAAAAACUGUUUACAAGUUAUAUGCCAUCACCUCAGUGUGAUGUUUUAGUGCCCUUAUAUUUCUGCUUGUUAGUGUUUCUACAGAAAUGUAUGUUGUUUUUUAGAUGUUAUUUUCAGUGUCAGCAUUUGUAUCCAUUAAUACAUACUUUUUAUAUCCAUGGCUUGUAAGUUGUAUUACUGUUUGAGGGAUGGCUUUCUAAAAAAGCAUACUACGGUCUUUAUCGUUGUCUGAAAUCUUUGCAAUAAAGAGCGUCGCAAGUAACAAUUGUUUUCAAAGGUACUGAGGUGGGAGAAAAAAAACUAUCAACAAACCCUAUCGAGUGACCCCUCAUAUUAAAGCCCACGAUGAGGCCAUUCAAGGUGUGCUGUUAUUCGUGGUGUUAUUUCACGUGGGACCACACAAUCACGCAAAGAAACACUUUGGCAAGGAAAUGGGUCCAAUUUGUGGCAAACAGAAGCAGCUGCGUUUGAAAAAAACCCCAAAAAACAAGGCAAAUAGACAUACAGGUUCACCAUAAUAGUGGAUGCCAUCCUACGUGCCCA